AUGCUGAAAGAAGCGGACGUAGGUAUUACUGAAUACAUGGAUGCAAGUGUGCCCGCAUUCACAGCUAUCAUCAAGCAGAGAUUUUCAGAUUUCCAGGUUCGAGAAGUCCGUCCUGACGGUACCGUCUGUCGAAUUCUGUCCUUACACCCUCCCGAUGGCCCUCUCAAGGAGUUUCUGAACCAAGAGACGGCAGAGGAGGAGAACCCUGAAUUAACGCGUCAUCGGCUUGAGAAAGAGCGCGAGGAGGCACAGCAAAAGAAGCGGGAUGCACAAGAGCUAGAAGACGAUCGCACAUGGCCUGACGGUGCCGACAACAGACUGGAAGGGGACGGCUGGUCAACGGAGAAGAUUGCAGAGAUUAGAACACUGUGGGAGGCAGGUCGCGCCGUUCCCAAGGGACUUCCGCAGCCAAGCUCUUCUACGAACCCUGAGCAAAGCUCAUCGAAAGGUGCCCAGCCCCGUGACAAGCGCAAAGGCGAUCGAGAUGGCGGAGCAUCGUCUCGAGAUUCGCGCUUUGUUCUGUCCGAAGGGAGCAGCGAUAAAGCCCAGCGCUCUAAAGCGCACGCCUCGAUUCGAGAGCUAUUCCACGGGCAGCUCAUCACUGAGACGGCGGACGACGAUGACGCUAUGAAUGCUACGACUGACAUGUUCGUCGUUGUACGGUGGGGAGCCAAGGGUUCAGGGCGCCGUGACCGUGACAAUCGCGCCCCUGGUGGAGCCGACAACAACCCACCUUACAUUCAAUUCAUGCUUCAAAAGACCAAUCGCGACCUUUCGGAUGCCCUUGGGAUCUUGACGCGCAAUCUCGGUCUACAUGCAAAGGGCGGAUCUGUCAGCAAAGACUUGAACAUGGCUGGCACCAAGGACAAGCGAGCCGUUACUGUACAAGCCAUCACCCUCAAACGUGGGCGUAAGACUCUAGAAGAUGUCUGGCUGCAGGCUCAUCUGGUCUCACUAGAUGGGCUACGAACACGGGUUAGCGACGCCCUUGAUCAACGCGGAGAGAGGGGUAUCCGAAUCGCGCACCUUGAAUACGUCGAUGUACCGAUGCGUCUUGGUAUGUUGAAGGGCAACGAAUUCGUUAUCACUCUCCGCAAUGUCAAACUGGCGCAGAAGUCUGACGCGGAGGAGCCGCCAGACUUGCAGCAAACGCUCGACCGAGCUGUCGACGUUAUUCGACAGAGAGGAUUUAUCAACUACUUUGGUCUUCAGCGCUUCGGGACAUCUGACGUCUCAACACAUUCGGUUGGUGUCGCUAUCUUCAAGCGCGACUACAAGCUUGCAGUCGAGACGAUCAUGGCUGAUCGGUCGGGGGACAGCGAGGAAGCCACCAGGGCCCGCAGACUUUAUCGUGAAGGCAAGUACGGACCCGCUCUUGACGUCAUGCCGCGACACUAUGUUGCUGAGCGAGGCAUCUUGGGCAAGAUGGUACAAGACGUGAAGAGGAAGCCCGCCGGUACACCCCUCAAUGACUGGGUCGCCUACUUGCAAGGAGCCCCACGCACGUUGCGUAUAAUGUACGUGCAUGCGUUCCAGUCGCUCGUCUGGAACACGAUGACUUCGCAACGGAUGCGUAUGUCGCAGUCGCCAAUGCCGGGGGAUCUCGUCAUCAUGGACGGUCCCGAGGCUGCGGGCGGGGACGCAACAGACCUGCCACAAGAUAGCGAUGAGGCAGACAUUGAAGGAAGUGGUGAAGGUGAGGGCGAAGAAAAUGCAUCCAAGGGCCCACCGCGAGUGCAAGUCAAAGUGCUCGCAGUAGAGGACCUACCCAACUACACCAUGCAUGACAUCGUCAUGCCGCUGCCAGGCUCAGACGUGCACCUCUCUGGCUGGCUGCAAGGAGCAUAUGAGGACUUGCUCGCAAAGGAAGGCUUAAAAGCAGAAGAUAUAUACUCGUCCUCGUAUCCGGAAUAUGCCAUGCAAGGCGCGUACCGCAAGGUCCUUGGCAAACCGAAGAAUGUCCGAGCGUCCUUUCUACGAUACUUUGACCCGGACAUCGACCUUGCCAUCUCUGACGAGGACCGGCUGCUCGGGUAUCCUGAACCGCAAAGCGAUCCGAAGGGCCCUUUUGUUGCCCUGCAGCUCACUUUCGAGCUCGGAGUCAGUGCAUAUGCUACCAUGGUCCUGAGGGAAGUGCUCAAAACGGACACUAGCCCGGAGAGUCAGAAAGCCCUGACGAUGCAGAGCGAGGAUCAGGCGUACAAGGGAUCGGGGGGCGGCGGGGGGCGCAGGGACGUCAAUGCCAUUCAGCCAAAGCGCAAACGCGCCUGGGGUACGUCGGGUGUUGCGGCUAGUCCUGCGUCAAGUUCAGCAGAACACGCUGCUGGCGCCGACAGUACCUCAGCCAUCGAAUCCGGCGCGCGGGCUGAAGCCCCUGAGGAGCAGCCCCAGCCUGACAUGUGCACUUGA